UACAGCCUAAGUCCUCAAAACCAAUGCCCAACUCAUCGCGACCAAUCUCUCAAAUUAAUGACAGAGAUGACGUAUGUUGUUGAAAACCUUGAUUUCGAGCCUUACAAGCCCAAGAAACGAAACAGCUUGUACUAUUCGUUGCUCCCCAUCUUCUUAUCAAUCUUCAUCUACAUUUUGUGCUUCUACGUUAUCGACGUGUCGUCUCCUUCGUGGAUAUUCAACGACACGAAGAUCUUGUUCGUCAUCUCCAACGCGCUUAUCAUCAUCAUCGCUGCAGAUUACGGUGCAUUUACUGAUAAAGAGAGUCACGAUUUUUACGGAGAAUACACGGCCGCGAUGAGAAACGAUGCAAAAGAAGACCCUAGACCGGAAAACGCGGGCUACGGGGUGAGUAGUUUGGGGGAAGAUUUCAGGAACCGUAGUGAGAAACAAGAAGAAGCCGUGGGAGCGAAAGAUAUAGAACAUCGGUAUUAUUUACCUAACAAGGAAGCGAACGUUCCUGAGAGAACCAUACAAGUGGUGAGCAAGAACGUCCAACCUAGAAACGUAGCUAUCGAAAAAUACAAGCCAGUACUACCUAAUCAAAACAUUCAUAUAACUGCUGCUAAAGAAGAAACUUGCAACGCAAGAGAUCUGUUGAACCCUAAACCUUACGGGAGAAGCAAAUCGGAUAAGGCUCGUGGUCGCGUGUCAAUGAUAACUAAGGAACGUCUUCAUCAAGAGAUCAGACAUAGACCUAAAAGUUACGAUCGAAGUCAAUCGGAUAGCUCGAAAUGGAUGGUUGUUCACAAGGCCGAGAAGAAGGCUGAGGAGAUGGAGGAGGCGACGGAGAAGUGGGAGAAUGUAAGAGAAGAGUCGGAGGAGUUCUCCAAGAUGACGAACGAGGAGCUGAACAGACGAGUCGAAGACUUCAUCCAACGGUUCAAUCGAGAUAUCAAACGACAAAGUUUUGGUCUAGUUUAAUAGUUUGUCGUUGUACCAAUGCGGCAAAAUUUACUCAUUUAGUCAACUUUUUUUGUGUCAUUUUUGGUGUCAUUGUAUGAUGUAUCUUGUUUAUCAUUUCUAUUUUGCCUUCUUAUGCAUUUUGUCGUUAGAGUUGGUAAUUAAUGAGAUCAAUGAUAUAAUCGUUAGUUUAA